UGGUUAGGGCGGGCCGAAGGCGGCGCUUCUGGCGCGCAAAGAGCCUGUUACCUUGAGAACGCGGAACAACAGAAGGCGCGGGAGGCCGCGGCCCUACGGAGCGAGGCGGGGUGUACGGCGCUCCCCAUCCGAGACCCGGGCUUCCUGAGCCGGUAUCCAGCUCUUAUGUAAAAUGGAUGUUUCUCAUACUUGAUAUUGUACUUUAAGUAGAUUAUCUGUUUAGUAAAAUCUAAGCUGCCAUGGAGGAAAUACCAGUAAAAGUUGCUGUAAGAGUUAGACCUCUGCUUUGCAAAGAAGUUCUUCAUAAUCAUCAAGUUUGUGUGAGAGUUGUUCCAAACACCCAGCAAAUUAUCAUUGGGAAAGAUAGAGUCUUCACAUUUGACUUCGUUUUUGGCAAAAAUUCUACUCAAGAUGAAGUUUAUAAUACGUGCAUUAAGCCCUUGGUGCUGUCACUCAUUGAGGGCUAUAAUGCAACUGUUUUUGCCUAUGGACAGACUGGAUCUGGAAAGACGUACACCAUCGGAGGAGGCCAUGUUGCUUCAGUUGUGGAGGGUCAGAAGGGUAUCAUUCCUCGAGCAAUCCAAGAAAUAUUUCAGAGCAUCUCUGAAAAUCCUAGCAGUGACUUUAGUAUAAAAGUGUCCUAUAUAGAAGUAUACAAGGAAGACCUAAGAGAUCUUCUAGAAUUGGAGACCUCCAUGAAGGAGCUGCACAUCCGAGAAGAUGAAAAAGGAAACACAGUGAUCGUUGGGGCCAAGGAGUGCCAUGUGGAGAGCGUGGAUGAAUUGAUGAGUCUUCUGGAGGUAGGGAACGCGGCUCGACACACAGGGACCACCCAGAUGAAUGAGCGCUCCAGCAGAUCACACGCGAUUUUCACCAUCAGCAUCUGUCAAGUGGGAAGAAAUCCAGAGGCUGGUGAAGAUGGAUCGUGGUACACCAAUCAGCGUAUUGUCUCAAAGUUUCACUUUGUGGAUUUGGCUGGGUCGGAAAGAGUAACCAAAACGGGAAAUACUGGUGAACGGUUCAAAGAAUCCAUUCAAAUCAACAGUGGGUUGUUGGCUUUAGGAAAUGUGAUAAGCGCCCUGGGGGACCCACGCAGGAAGAGUUCACAUAUCCCAUACAGGGAUACUAAAAUUACCCGGCUCCUGAAAGACUCCCUGGGAGGCAGUGCCAAGACUGUUAUGAUCACAUGUGUCAGCCCAUCCUCCUCAGAUUUUGAUGAGUCCUUAAAUUCUCUCAAAUAUGCCAACAGAGCACGGAACAUUAGAAACAAGCCCACUUUGAACUUUAGUCCUGAGUCAGACCGUAUGGAUGAAAUGGAAUUUGAGAUUAAGUUGCUUCGAGAAGCUUUGCAAAGCCGGCCGACUAGCAUCAGUCAAACUAGCCAGAUUCCACAAGAGGGCACACUUAAUAAAAACAGGAUCCAUUCUCUUGAAAAGCAAGUAGCUCAGCUACAAGGGGAAUGUCUGAGUUACCAAAACUGUAUAGAGGAAGCCUUUACCUUCUUGAUGGACUUAAAAGAUACUGUUAGCCUAAACCAGGAGCAGCAUCAUAAACUUCAGGAGUGGUUUAGCAUGGUCAGAAAGGCUGCCCUUACAUCAUUCCCAGGAAGCAAAGGCGUUGGAAACCAAGAAGAAGGACCCCAGCAUAGCACAGUUCUCCAGCUGAAGAGAGAGCUUAAGAAAUGCCAGAAUGAAAAACUAAUAGGACAGCCACUUCUUGUGGAUCAACUGAGUGGAAAACUAACGAAACCUAAUAUGUCAGUGACUCCUUCAGCUAAGGAAAAUUGUGGAGAUGGGCCUGAUACUGGGGUCUGUGAAAAGAGACCGCACACUGUACCAUGUGAUUCUCAUUCGAGGCAUUAUAUUUAUAUUCCAUCAAGACAAGAUUCCCGAAAGGUCUACUCAAGUCUUCCUAUGUGCUCUCUGGAUCAAGUAUUUGCUGGAUUUCGAACACAAAGUGAGAUGCUGUUGAGCCAUAUAGAAGAACAAGAUGAAGUUCUCCAUUGCCAGUUUUCUGAUAAAAGUGAUGAUGAAGAAUCAAGUCAUGAGGAACCUAUAACUAGUCACUCGUGGAAUAUAAAAUCUGAUCCCGUUUGUUCUCUUGUUGAGUUGAAUGAUACUGAGGAUGAAACACAAAAGGCAAAUUUGGAGAAUGAAGAUUCAGAGAUUGAAUGUCUCCAGGAGAGUCAAGAUUCGAAUUUGCAAAAGUUAAAGCAUUCAGAAGUCAUACUUAAUAAAGUUAAGCAAAAAAUGAAUGAACUUACAGUUAACAUCAAGAUGAAGGAAGAUCUGAUUAAAGAACUAAUAAAAACAGGUAAUGAUGCCAAGUCUGUAAGUAAACAGUAUUCUCUGAAAGUAACAAGACUAGAGCAUGAAGCAGAACGGGCGAAAGUUGAGCUCACUGAGACAGAAAAGAAGCUGGAGGAGCUGGAGAACAACGAGCUUUCUGAUGUUGCUAUGAAGAUAAAACUUCAGAAGGAAUUCCGUAAAAAGAUGGAUGCUGCAAAACUGAGUGUCCAGGUCUUACAGAAGAAGCAGCAGGAGAGUAAGAAAUUGAUAUCAUUGUCGAUCCAAAAGGAGAAACGUGCUAAUGAACUAGAGCAAAAUAUAGAUCAUUUGAAGUAUCAAAAGGUACAGCUGCAAAAGAGACUUCGAGAAGAAAACGAUAAGAGGAAACAACUGGAUGCAGAAAUUAAGCGGGAUCAGCAAAAAAUCAAAGAACUACAAUUAAAAACAGGACAGAAAAAAGGUCUGAAACUGAAGGCUGAAGAUCUUGAUACGUGUAACUUGAAAACAAAGAAAGGACCUUUUGGAAGUAAAAACCAACUCCAGAAAUUGGAUGAACAGAAGAAAUGGUUGGAUGAAGAAGUAGAGAAGGUUCUGAACCAACGCCAAGAAUUAGAAGAGCUGGAAGAAGACCUGAAGAAGCGGGAGGCCAUACUUUCUAAGAAAGAGGCCCUGCUUCAAGAAAAAAGCCGGCUGGAAAGCAAGAAGCUGAGAUCUAGUCAGGCGUUAAACACAGACAGUGUUAGAAUCUCAGCUCGCCUGAACACACUGGACCAAGAACUGUCUAAAAAGAGUGUGCAGCUCCAGAGCAGCACAGCUGAGGAGAAAAUGAAGAUUUCAGAACAAGUUCAAGCCCUUCAGAAAGAAAAGGAUCAGCUCCAGAAACGAAAAGACAGUGUGGAUGAGAAACUGAAACACAGUAACACCCUGUCCCCUGAAGAGGAACAUGUUCUUUUCCAACUUGAAGAAGGAAUUGAGGCCUUGGAAGCUGCAAUUGAAUACAAGAAUGAGAGUAUCCAGAGUCGCCAGAACUCACUGAGGGCAUCAUUCCAAAGUCUCUCUCACAGUGAAGCAAACAUCUUGGAAAAACUGAUUUGCCUGAAUCCUGUUGAGAUUAGAGCUAUUCUUUUCAGAUAUUUUCACAAGGUGGUUAAUUUACGAGAAGCUGAACGGAAACAACAAUUACAGAACGAAGAAAUUAAGAUGAAAGUUCUGGAACGGGAUAAUAUGAUUUGUGAAUUAGAAUCUGCGCUGGAACAUCUGAAAUUACAGUGUGACCGGAGACUGACUCUCCAGCAAAAGGAACAUGAGCAGAAGAUGCAGUUGCUAUUGCAGCACUGCAAAGAGCAAGAUGGAGAAGGCAUUGUUGAAUCUUGGAGAAUAUAUGAAGAUAAAAUCCAGCAGUUGGAAAAAGACCUUUACUUCUAUAAGAAAACCAGCAGGGACCUUAAGAAGAAACUUAAAGAAGUGGCACAGGAAACAGUUCAGUGGCAGCCAGCAGUGUCAGAACGCAAGGCCUUCACCAUCACCCAUGACAGUAAUACUGUUUCUCCAGGACUGGAUCAUGGUGCUGUAGAUGGAGUCCUGAACCCAGAAGAGGCAUGUGUGCUUUCAGAAGAAUUAAAGUGGGCAUCCAGAACUGAAAGUAUGAAAUUAAAUGGACAAGAAAGAGAAGUAGACACUUCUUCAAGCAACUUAAGAACACAGACAAAUGCUCAAAAGUGUUGGGACGAUGUCUCCGAGUUACCUCCGGUUUGCAGCUCUUUACCACCCACCAGCGGACAGUUGUUAAACAGUGCUGAUAAAACAGAAACAAAUGAUGACCAGCUUUUCAGGCCUCACAGUCGACCGUCAUACCCAGUUCAGCCAGUAGGAGACAGGGGGCAGCUCCACAGUGUCACACCCAUCAAGCUGUGCCGCAGGGAAUUGCGCCAGAUCUCUGCCUCAGAACUGUUGCUGCGACGUUCUGGUCUUGGAGUUGGGGUUGGGUCAGUGAUUACUGAGUCCAUUCAAGCAUCUAGGAAACCUAGUGACCUGAAAACAUAGAUGAACAGUAGAACUUUCAGUUUGGUAGCUAGCGUUAAGAUUCCAUUUUCUAACUUAUUAAAAAAAUUAAAGCUCAAGUUCGUUAGUUCUUCCAUCAGAAUAGAGGAAGAAGGGAAUGAAUGAUCUUUUAUAUCCUUUUAAGAGGUAUAAAUCUUCAGUAGUAUAUUUUGUGAGUUUUAGCUUGUGUUUCCAUAAUAAUCAAACACAUGUUUUCCAGUACUUGUAAAUAUUUUCACUUAUAAAUAUGUGUAACAUUUUUUCAGGCAUUUUUUUUUUUAGUCAUAUUUGAAAAAAACUAAUAGACUAAAAUAGCCUUCAAAUGUAUAUUACUGUAUAAUAUAAAAGUAUGUUAUAAGAAUGUUAUGUUGUUAUUCUAAAAUACUAGUAUAUUGCUUUUUUAAAUAUUUCUUAUUUUCUAAAUAUUUAGAAAUAUUUUAAAUAUUUAGAAUAAAAGGAAUAUUUUAAAUAUUUCUUUUUUUUUUCCUAAAUAUUUCUUAGGUUAGAGGGAGAAUCACAUGUGGCAUGUUUCAGCACAGCUGAAAUUUUGUAUGACAUAAAGAAAGGUGUAGGACAAGAUACCCUGCCAAGUUUAUGUCUAAGGCUGAUUUGCAGUUCUAGGUCCAAAGGAGUUGGGUGGUCAAUCUUGACUCUGUUCUCUGAUGUUUUCUAGAAUUAAAAUUUAUAAUGUUAUGUUAUUGGUUUGCUCAUAUAGUAAAAUGGAAGUUUUCAUCUUUACUCUGCCCUUACCUUCAACAUGUCUCAUUAUGAUACCAAAAUUGGGAGACAUGUACAGUUCCAUGGAACAGGGAAACAGUGAUAGAAUAAUAGUAAAGCAGUAUUCCCAGCAUUCCCAGGAAAAGUACACUGGUUGUGACCACCUGGAUACUUUGAAGAUUCAGUAAAGCUUGAAAUGUAGCUGGAGGAUCAUUAGCUAAGAACCUGAUGGGUGUCAGUUUGAGAUUUUCUUUUAUAAUCUGCUUCCUUAGGUUUUUCACACAGGCAGGAAAAACUACCCUGGAACUGCAAACAUGUUAAUGAAAUUUUCCUAAAACUUCUUUUGGCCAAGAUCUUAGUAUGUAUUGUCCAGAAUUAAGAACUGAACAAUUUUUCCAUAAGUUCUUUUUCACUAUAUUUUUCUAUCAAUAUUUCAUUAUAACAAUCUGAUGAAUUACUUUGUUACUUUUCAUUUUCCAAAUUCUUUAAAUGAGAGUUGAGUUUCUCAGACUAAUUGAGUGGGAGCAGCAACAAAUCCACCUUGACUUCUUAGGGAUGCUGUCCGAUGAGAGGCCCUUGCUUCCGACCGAAUCCACAUGUUCUCAUCUGAUGCUGCUGUGGACUUUCCUUUGCACUUUCCUCUGCUGUUGUUGACCUGACCAUCUCUCCCAAGACCCAAACUGCCACCCUGGGCUCUAUACACUUUUAAGGGCUCUUCCUUUUCCUAGCUGCCAGCCCCUAGAGACUGCUGCUCUUUGUCCUACUGCUAAAAACCAGUACUUACAGGAAAAGAGAACAAAAUGGUAAAACAGUUUAUCUCUUAAAUAUGAUACUAAAAAUUUUAAAUUUAUUUAAAAUUACAGUUUAAGUAGAAAUCUGUGGAAUAAACCUGGGAACUGGGAACUGAACAGUUUAUUGGCCUAAUGAGAAAUUGCCUUUGGUUUGGAUGACAGAAAUAUAUAUAUAUAUAUAUAUAUAUAUAUGUCUUAUGGCAAAAGCCCAGUGCCUUCAACAAAACAGCAAUUAUCUAUUUAUUAGUAAAUGCAUAUUGAUGAUAAUCCUGUCUUGGUUACAUUUCUUGAGGCUGAAACAGAAUACCCAACACCCAAAGUAAAAGGAGGAAAGGCUUGUUUUUGCUCAUAGUUUGUAGAGGUUUCAGUUCAUAGUUGGCUGGCUCCAGGGCAGGGUGGAAUAGCAAAGGAGCAUCACAAAGGAGAAACAGUCCAUGGUGAGCAGAAUGCAGGAGAGCACCUGAGCAGCCUGCCUCUCCCCGUAUCCAAUCCAGGCUUACUUGCUAUUUGAGUAGUGUCAUCCACACCCAGGUGGGCCUUCCCAUUAUCCACACCCACCUGUGCUACACCAAUUAGUGGACUCCUUUAGUAAUCACACUUCCUUAAUCAUAGCAUCACACACUCUAGAUCCAGCCACCUCUGAUCUCCCUUUGACCAAAUGAGGCUUUGGGGGGACAUCUAGACACAAACCAUAACACAGCCCAAUUACAAAUUCCUUGUAAGAUUAAGUAAUAUGCUAUUCCUUAAUUAUAAAUAAUUUAUAUAAGAAUGCAUUCUAAUACUGGAUCCUGCUUUCCCAAGACAUAAAUAAGUAUGUAUAUAUAUAUAUAUAUUUGUUUUAUCAGUGGAAAUAUAAAUACAUUUUCUGACUAACAAAGCAAGAAAACAUAUCAAAUUAACAGUGACUUGAUAAUGCAAAUGUGUAUUGACUGCUAAGUAGCAAAGUUACGAUUUUCCCCCCUGCUUUUGGUUAAAUAUUAUUUAUUUUUUAUGUGCUAUGAUAAAUUUCAUGGAUAUAUAUAUUCAAACACACAUAAAUAAUAUUUCCUGGCCAGGUACAGAGGCACUCACUCAGGAGGUUGGGCAAGAGAAUCACAACUUUGAGGCCAGUCUGGGCAACUUAGCAAGACUGUCUGACAAACAAAAGGGCAUAGGAUGUAGUUCAGUGGUAGAGAGCCCUUGGGUUUGGUCCCCAGUAUUGCAACAAUAACAAAAAUAUCCUGAAAAAUAUAUUCUAGAACUUCUGACCAUUUUAGCUUAGUCAGUACUCUAGGAAACAAAAACUAAUCUGCUUCCUGUGGGCAAAUAAAAUUAUGUUUUAAAAUGUAUUAACAGUUUUUACAGCUUUUUUUACUGUAAACAUUUUGUCAUUGUGUUUGCCUUUUUGCAUGCCUACAAAAUGUGGUUUUCCUUUUUUUUUGUUCAUUAUAUUCUUUUUAUUUUCUACUAGUAACAGCAUUUGAAAGGAAAACCUGUGGCUCUGUAAAAUAGUAUUUUCUCUCCUAAUUCCCACAUGUUAUAGGUAACAGAGUUGGGAGAAUUUGUAGGUAUGGAUGAUAAAAACAUUGAAGUGUUUUUUACUUUUUUUAAUAUUUCUGUUUUUUUCUUCUUUUUUUCCUUUCUUUUUCAGUGCUGGGGAUUAAACCUAGGGUCUCAGAUUGUUAAGGAAAAUUAUGUGUGCUUGUUUGCAAACAGAUUCCUUACAUGAAAGAUAUAAAGUCUUCCGUUAAGUUUCAGGAUGAAUCAUAAAGGACUCAAAUAUUUGGCAAGUUUUCAGUUCUUUGUUGAACAUAUAUACUCAGAUAGUAAAAACAAGCAUGCCUUUGAUCUUUCAAUUAUUUCCUUAGAUACAUUGUUUUUAAUUCUCCACCAACACUGCACCCCACCAUGGGUAACUGCUUGUAUUCCUUAUUCUUGGAAUGUCCUGCAUACCAGGUACUGGAAUGGCGUGAUUGUCAUGGUGGUCUUCAUGUUUAACUCAACAUGGUGGUAAUAAGAACAAGAGAAUUAUACAAAGAAGCACCAGAAAACCCUGAUGUUUCAAAGUUGUUUUUGAUGUUUUGUAUUAUUCUCAUUUGUCUAUUUUUAUAUUUUUUUAUUCUAGGGAAGUUCAAUAGGGUCAACCAAAGUACUAAUAUUCCCAAUGGUAGCAGUGUAAUUUGAACCCAAAAAUACUGAAUUAGACUUUGCUUUUCUGUUCUGUUGGCUAAUUAUAGGGACUUUUUUGUUUCCUUUUUGAAACAAGGUUUUGCUGUACAGUUUAGGCUAGCUUUAACUCCAUUUGUAACCCUAGCUGGCCUUGACUCACAGCAAUUCCCUUGCAUCAGUCUCCCGAGUACACCACCACAAUACAGGUGUACAUCACCAUGCCUGGCCUCUAUUGGCUAACUAUAAUACACAAUUCCAUUGAAUUAUCUCUGAUAGUACUUUAAGAGAAAAAUAGAACAUUUUCCUAGAUUUUGCUUUACUGAGCAGCAUCCCUAUAACCUCAAAAAACAAACCCAUUUACAAGAGACAGGAGUAGAAAACUAAAUCUUUUUAAAACUUAAUGAUUCUUAAAACAUUUAAUACUGGUAUAAUUAAUGUUUAAAAAGGAAAUUAUUAUUAUUAUUUUUUUGUCUUUUUCAUUUUUAUCAGUAUCAGGGAUCGAACUCACGACCGUCUGCUUGCAAGGCAGGUGCUUAUGCCACUGAGCUAAACCCCCUGCCCCAAAAAAAGGAAAUUAUUUUAAAAGAUCCUAUUAUUACACUAUACAUAAAGUAUAUAACAAAGUAUUUGAAGUCCAGAGAAGUAAGUAUUGAUAUGUCUUUUUUUUAAUUCUUAUUUUUCUUUUCUUUUUCUGGUGCUAAAGAUUGAACCCAGGGCCUUGUCAUUAAGGCAAGCACUCUACCACUAAGAUGAGCCCUCCACUUUAGCAGUCUUAUUUUUAAACAAAUCACGUUUUCAACCAUUACCAACAAAUUAUAGGUGUGUGCCUACAAGCUUUCAUUCUCCAUGAUGAUCAGGAUUCAUGUAGACAACUAGGGCCACAGGGAGAGAAGUUUAUCUGAAAGCAUUGUAUAGCCCAACAAAUAAUUUUUGAAACUAUUUGGAGAAAUACAUUUUAUUUCUUUGGCCAAAGUAUUAUAGACAGCUAACUUAGGUAAAAAUAUUAUAGGCUGGGCCCUCAAGGGAGUCAGUACAGAAGACAAGCACACAUUACAAUUGUGGCAAGAAGUGCAUCUGUUGGAUGCCAGGCCUACACACCACCCCAGGGGAUAAUUGAUAUCACCUGGCCCAAUCGAGUCCAGACAGACAUUAGUCACUCAAGUGGGUGAUCAGGACCCUCUGACCCAUCUCUUCCUAAAAAGGUCUUUGCUCUUUCUAUGUACACUUGCUAUAUGAUUGACUUUCCUAUUUAAAUAUUACCUAAUGGGCUAUAAUCAUAAUCUUACUGGCUGAUCACAGUUUUGACCCACAUUGUACCCACCUGAUGACUUUGCUCUAUAAAAUUCCUUUGAAAUAUGGGCUCAUUGGCAGCCCAUUUCCAGAUCUCCUCCUGCCUCUUAGGAGCUAUCUGUCUCUAUAAAUUUUUCCUACUAUUAACCUCCAUUGUUCCUUAGAAUUCAUUCUUUGGUUUUGGGGAACAUGAACUUGGCAUAGCUGACAUCUAGCAGGUUGAGAUUUACAUUUAUUUUCCUAUUUCAAAAGGACAGAAACCUAAUCUCAACCUUUGGCACUCAUUAAAUCCUAAACAAACUCUUAGUGCUGGAUUUGCCAUUUGGAAGUAUACAUCCAAGUUUAUAUACCCAUUCCUUUUCCUAUGAUUAUUAUUUGAGAUUAUAUGAAAAGCUGUUCUAGCAGAAUUUAAAUGGCAAUUAUGAACUCAUUCAAUAAAGAAUUACAAGAAACAGUAGUUUUGGAAAAAAAUCCAAUGGCCUGACAAACCAGCUAAACUUAAGUAAUUUUACCAAUGAAGAACAAUGACAUGGUAUAUGGAAAAAAUUCUGAUUAUAAAAAAAAAUAUCAGGAUUCGUCUUUAUAAAACAAUACAGUACUAACGACCACUUUGCUUCGUGUUUCACUCUGCUAAAAUCAUGCUAAUUUUUCUCCUGAAAAACCUGUAGGUAAAAGAUUUCCAUUCACGAUGACAAAUCAGCAGCUAUAGGUCUGCAUAGGCUGAAUUAAUACUAAUUUUUGUGUGUGAACUGCAAGUGGUAUUUCACUAUUCUACCGCAGAGGAAUGAGGAGUUAGCUUAAUUUGACUGAUGCAUAAUUGUGGCAAUUUGUAAGAAUUGAUUCUGUCAAGGUUUUGUUUUCUAGCAUGAUUACAUUCUGUAGAUGGAAAAAUGAAAAUGGCAAAGGGUUUUGUAGUGAAGGCCUACCUCUUAGGAACUCCCAUUCCAGGCACAUCUGCACUGCCCUGUCUCACCCAGGGCCGCCAGUCCCCAGCUAACUCCAUGCCAGGAUUCAAAGAGGUCCUAAUCUCAGUUGUCAAGUAUUUUAGAUAAUGUAUAUUAGAAAUUAGUAUACUAAUAUUAAUUAACAGUAUAUGGCAUUUUCUAAACCAUCUGGUAGCAUUUUCUUUACAAGAAAACUAUUUAUGAAUUGCUACUUUGCACUUAAAGCAUAAUAUUUUUCAAAUCCAACUUAAUUUAAUAAACUGAGGGGGAAACUACUAGUAUAAAUUAUCAGAUAGCAGUCUGUUCAUUUAUCAUUGAGGACAUAAAAACACGUAACUUGGGGCUGGGGAUUUAGCUCAGGGGCAUAACGUCUGCCUUGCAAACAGGCAGUUGUGAGUUCGAUCCCUGGUACUGAUAAAAAGGAAAAAGACAAAACAACAACAACAACAAAAACAUGUAACUGAAGCAUCGUAUAUAAAAUAAAUAGGUUUUUCAUAGAAUUGGCUCUCAAAAAGUAACUUGGCAUGUAUGGCUGCUAUUUUAUGUGUACUAUAAAACAUUUUCUGAGACAGAGACGGAGACUCUAAGAAACCAAGAUACAUUUUUUUCUAAACAAAUUGAUUCUCAGCGCUUUAGUCAUACAUUACCAGCAAAUGAUGGUAUUCUCUGGGAAGUUUUAUGUACAUUCUGCUCUUGAAAACAUUUUUAAAACUUGCUUAAUCUACUUAAAGGCACAAAUUUGCUUUCUGACUGAAAGAAUAUGUUAAUAUGUUUUUACUGAGUUUUUGACCACCAGCUCUUCACUAUUUAUUACUUAGUUACAUUUGAAAAUUACUGAAUUGUAGCUAGAAAAUGAAUUUUUAAAAAUAGCAUUGUUUCCAUCUGAUAACCAUAAAGAUACCUAAAACUCUACCACUACCACUCCCCCUCCCUAGGAAGAACAUGGUAGAACAAGUUCACCGUUGGCAUAUAUGCUGAAGUAUGAUCGGGUUAACAGCAAAGUCAGUUUUCAUCCAGCUUUGGUACUCUCAGCUACUGUAUGCAAGAAGUGUAUUAGAAUUACAAUUGACAUUACCAUGGUCAGAAGACAGCUCACUCCCCUUAAUUUGCAAAUAUCUGCCAAUAUCAAGAAAUACUGUAUUUUGAGCUGGGAGUAGAUGGCGCAUGUCUCUCAGUCCCAACACUCUGGCUGAGACAGGAGGAUCACAAGUUCAAGCCCAGUCUGAGCAACUUAGUGACACAGGAGAGCCUAUCUUGAGUCGAAAAAUAAAAGGCUCAGGUUGUAGCUCAGUGUGAAGGUUCUGGGUUCAAGCCCUAGUACCAUAAAAAAGUCUGUCCAUAUAGGUCAAAGCAUCAUAACCUGAGCAGCCAAGUGAGGGAAGAAAAGGCCAGGAUUCCAGGGUAAUAGAACCUACAAUUAGGAGUAUUCUACUGGAUUGUGAACAAAUCAGUCAGGAAGAAUGCUUAUACUUUCUAUAAAAGAGUUAACGUGGAGCAAGAGUUCUCUUAACAAAGUUCAGUACAACACUGAGUAUCCCAAAUGGACACAGAGGCAUAUGCCUGAAGCCCCAGCUACUUAAGAGGCUGAGGUGGGAGGAUCAGUUGAGCACAGGAGUUUGAGAUUGGCCUGAGCAACAUAGAUCCUUUCUCAAAGAAAGAGAGAAAAAAAAAAAUGAGAGGGAGAAAAAAAAGGAAAAUAGAAACUAGAAGCUGAGGUGGUAGUUAGUUACUUAUUUUCUGAGGAAAAAAAUCACAAAAAGCACCUAUAGCCAGAAAUUUUCUAUAGAUUGUUAUUGUAAUUUUCCUGUGUUCUAUAGCCAGAAAUUUUCUAGAUUGUUAUAGGAAUUUUCCUGUUCUGUGUUUUCUAUAGCCCUUUUAUUUGUUUGUGAAUAGAGCUGAGAACUAACAACCCAACCCUUCAAGGAACUUACAUUCUACUAAUACAUGCUAUGGUGAAUUUAGAGCAAUACUGUAUAAGGGAAUAGAGUAUUAAUGGUACUUUUUAGAUGGAAAUAUGUUUCUGGGGUUAUACAAACACAAAGCCAUAAAAAUAGGUACAAAAUCUGGGCUGGGGAUUUAGCUCGGUGGCAUGAGUGCCUGCCGAGCAAGUGCAAGAUCCUUAGUUCAAUCCCUGGUACUGCAAAAAAAAAAAAAAAAAAAAAAUAGGUACAAAAUCACUAAUGAAAAAAAUUGCGUUUCCUUUGACCUACUGUGUGUCUGCUCAAAGGGGGCAAGUAUCAGAAAUUUCAUCCAAAUAUGAAUCACAUCAACCAACUUGAGGGGAAGGCAGUGAUAAAUUGUGCUGUGCCAUUGUGUCCCUUUGCAAACUCUACCUCUUUAAUCUACAUUAUUGCUUAGGAUUUAUUCCAAGUUUUGGCUAUUUCACUUAAAAACUUAAAAAACAACCUAUAUAAAAUUUACCAUUUUAAGCUGUACAAUUUAGUUUUUAUAAUAUUUGUUAUGUGGUGCAAUGCUAAUUUCACAAAAUCUUCAUUUCUCAGAAAGGCUCUUUCCCUAGUAGUAGUCAGUCCCAAUUUCCCCUCCUGCGUUCCUUACAAUUUCCCCUAUUCCAUUCCAAACCUACUGUCUGUCUCUAUUUCAUAUAAAUGAUAGCAUACAUUAUGUAACAUUUGUGUCUGGCCUAUUCACUCAGCAAAAUUUUUCAAAGUUCAUCUUUAUAGCAUGUAACAGUAUUUUAUUCCUAUAAAUGAAUAAUAUUUCAUUGUGUGAAUAUGCCACUUUGACAGUUGAUGGAAUUUAGAUUAUUUCCACUUUUUGAGUAUUAUGAAUAACAAAAAUGUAUAAGGCUGUGUAAAUUUAUGUACAUGUUUUCAUAUGAACAUGUUUUUAGUUCUCUUAGUCAUGUAUCUAGAAACAGAAAUGCUGAGUUAUAUAGUAAUUCUAUGUAACUUUUGGAGGUAUUACCAAACAUUACCAGAGCAAUUGCACUAAUUUCAUUCCCAAGAGCAGUGUAUCAAGGUUAAAGCUUUUCCACAUCCUUGGAACACUUACUAUUUUCUGUCUUUUUAAAUUAUAGUUGGCCAGGCAUGGUGGCUCAUGCCUGUAAUCCCAGCACUUAGGAGGCUGAGGCAGGAGGAUUGUUGUGAGUUCAAGACCAGCCUGGGAUACAAACUGAGCUCAUGGCCAGCCUGUACUGCAUAGCCUGCAGCCUGCAGAGAGGCUCUGAAUCAAAAAAAAAAAAAAAUUAUAGCUAUCCUAGAACAUCUCAUGGUAGUUUUAAGUUGUAUUUUUAUAGUAAUUAAUGAUACUAGCUCUUAUGUUUAUUGGCUGUUUCCAUAUUUUUUGAAAAAUGUCUUUUCAAAUCCUUUGGCCCCAAUUGCUCCUACUGCUUGUGUGUAUGUAUGUGAGUUUGUCUUUACAGGGAAUCCAUAGCUUUGGGCAUGUAGGCAAGCCUUUACUUUUUAAAAUUUUUCUAUUGCAACAGUCUAUACAUUGCCCAGGUUGGCCUCAAACUUGCAAUUCUCUUGUCUCAGCUUCCUGAGUAGUUGGGAUUACAGGUUUGUAACACUAGGCCCAACCCUUUGCCUAUUUUAAAUUAAUUAUCUUUUCAUUAUUCAGUUAUAAAAGCUCUUUGUAUAUUCUAAAUACAAGUCUGCUGUCAAGAUGAAUAACUGGUAAAUAUUUUCUCCUUUUUCUGGGUUUUACUUUCUGAUGGUAUUCUUUGCAUUGUGAAAGUUUUUAUUUUUGAUUCAGUCCAAUUAACUAUUUCUCCUUGGUUGCUUGUGCUUUAGUUUUCUACCUAAGAAAUCACUGUCUAAUCCAGGAUCAUGCUGAUGUAUACCAAUGUUUGUUGGUCCAUUUUAUAAAAUUAAUUUUAUUGGUAUACUUUUAAAACAUAAUAAUCACAAUCAUCACAGGGAAUUUGUACCUGUACAUUAUAUAUCUCAAUUUUUUUCUCAUUCCCCUCCCUUCCCUUCAAUCCUUCUGCCCUUCUAAAACUUUGUUUUUAUUGUUUUCCUUCCAUUCUUUUUUAUCCCUAGUCCCUUCUUUCCUUUGGCCUCUACCUUAUUCCUCUUCAUGUGUGAACAUUUUUUUCUACUUUUGAACAUCUAUCAUUCAUUUUGGUCCUUAUUUUUAUUUAAAUGUAUGUGAAAUUUACUUAGGAUUAUGUUCUCAAGGUACAUCCAUUUAUCUAAAAAUGUCUCAUUUAUAUUUAAGAGAGUAUAGUAGUCCAUUAUAUAUAAAAAUACAUUUUCUUUAUCCAUUCAUCUGCUGAUGGGCAUCUAGACUAUUUGUAAGAUUUAGCUAUUACAAAUUAUGCUGCUAUAAGCAUGCGUGUGUAUAUAUUGCUAUCAUUUGAUGCUUUGAACUCUUUCAGAAAGAUAUGUACAAGGGGAACAGCUAGGACAAAUGUAACCUCCAGUCUUAAUUUUUUGAGGAAUCUUCACAUUGGUUAUAACAAUUCACACUCCCACCAACAGUAGAGAAGGGUUCCUUUUUCCUCACAGCCUUAGCAGGAUUUGUUAUUGCUUGAUUUCUUGAUGACAGCCAUUCUUUCUGGAGUGAGAUGGAAUCUAGGUGUUCUUUUAAUUUGCAUUUCUUGAAUGACCACUGAUAUUGAACAUUUUCUUAUAUAUUUAUUUGUUGUUUAUACUUCUUCUGAGAAGUGUCUACUCAUUUCAGAUGCCCAUUUUUGGGUUGAGUCUUUAAAUUUGGUGGACUGUCAGAUUUUCUUGAGUUCUUUACAUAUCCUAAAUAUUAGCCCUUUGUCUGAACAGUAGCUGUUAAAAAUUCUUCCACACUCUGUGGGUUGUCUGUUCACUCUAUUGUUGUUUUUGUUUUCUUCUCCUGUGAAAAGCUUUUAAUAUAUGUGAUCCUCACUGUUGAUUCUUUUCAAUAUUUCCCAUUUGAUUGGGAUUUUGUUCAAAGGUUUUUGCCUAUACUGAUGUCUUUCAACAGAUUAAAUAUUUGUUUUAACAUUUA